CUUUAAGCCCCACCCACAUCUCUCUUGACAGCGAACAUAGAAAGGACGCGCAGCUCUGCCAUUUACGACUCCUGUUAUCCAGCUAAUUACCCCAGCUGUCAGGUUACCGCUUUUAUUCCCCGACGUAUAUUUAUUCGCACGCAGCAGGACUCAUAUAUGUAGCUAAUUAUUGGCCAAUUCAAUGGCGUUGAACGGCCUUCAAGUCGACGACGGUAUUGUCGACGAAGAGGACGAAACGCCCUCGAAGCUUCCGCGGUGCAACAAGGAGAUGCCCGGUCCCUUCGGCAGCGACCACCAGAACGAGGCUGCCGCGGCCGCGGGGAGAGCCGCCUCCGAGCGGCGGACGUCCAACCCGAGCGCGAGGCAUCGGAAAGACUCGGUUAAGAAGACGAGGCCGCCCUUCCCCUGGUUCGGGAUGGACAUCGGCGGCACCCUGGUGAAACUGGUCUACUUCGAGCCCAAAGACAUCACUGCGGAGGAGGAGCAGGAGGAGGUGGAGAACCUGAAGAGCAUCCGCCGCUACCUGACCUCCAACACGGCGUACGGCACGACGGGCAUCCGGGACGUGCACCUGGAGCUGCAGGACCUGACGCUGUGCGGCAGGACGGGCAACCUGCACUUCAUCCGCUUCCCCACGCACGACCUGCCCGCCUUCCUGCAGAUGGGCCGCGACAAGCACUUCUCCAGCCUGCACACGGCCCUGUGCGCCACGGGAGGGGGGGCCUACAAGUUUGAGUCCGAUUUCCUCACGAUGGCGGACCUGGAGCUCCACAAGCUGGACGAGCUGGACUGCUUGGUUCGGGGGGUGCUGUACAUCGACUCGGUGAUGUCCGGCGGGCCCCUGGAGUGUUACUACUUUGAGAACCCCACCGACCCGGAUCACUGCGCUCAGAAGCCCUACCCGCUGGAGAACCCCUACCCUCUGCUGCUGGUCAACAUCGGCUCUGGAGUCAGUAUCCUGGCCGUCUACUCGGAGAACAACUACAAACGGGUCACUGGGACCAGCCUUGGCGGCGGCACCUUCCUGGGCCUGUGUUGCCUUCUCACCGGCUGCUCGACUUUCGAGGAAGCCCUAGAAAUGGCUUCCCAGGGGGAGAGCACCCGUGUGGACAAGCUGGUCCGGGACAUCUACGGAGGAGACUAUGAGAGGUUUGGACUGCCGGGCUGGGCUGUGGCCUCAAGUUUUGGCAACAUGAUGUCCAAAGAGAAAAGGGAGUCUGUGUCCAAGGAGGACCUGGCUCGGGCGACGCUGGUCACAAUCACCAAUAACAUCGGCUCCAUCACCAGGAUGUGUGCUCUCAACGAGAACAUUGAGCGAGUGGUGUUUGUGGGGAACUUCCUGCGAGUCAACACCCUCUCCAUGAAGCUGCUGGCCUACGCCAUGGACUACUGGUCCAAAGGCCAGCUCAAAGCGCUCUUCCUGCGGCACGAGGGUUACUUUGGUGCCGUUGGAGCCCUGCUGGAGCUUCUGCAUCCGUCCUAAUCCGGCGAGCGAGAAAUGAAAAAGUCAAUCUGCUGCAGCAAUCUGAAGCACUUUAGAAAGGAAUGAGUUUUAAAAACGACGCGUUGCCCAAAGGCUGGUCCACGCCCCGCUGGUGAAUGUUGGUUGUGGCCAGCACCCGUUUGUGUGUGUGUCCUUGUUUAUUUGCGUUUGAAGGUUUUCUGAACACUCUCUAGGACCACGGCUCGGGUUGGAAACAGUCUGACAAAGGUGGGAUUUUCAGAACCAGGUCAGAUUUGGUGAUCGCAUUAAAAUCCAGCAGUGUUGCCUGAAGUAGUUUAUUUAAAAGUACCUGUCAGCAGGUAGGUUUGUCUUAUUGACGGUCAUUACCCAUCUAUGGGUAUCCGAUUCCGGGCCAAAUACGUUUACUAAAGUACUCCAGACUAGGAUGAAUAAAAGUAAAUGUUACUUUGCCCCUGUUUUAGAACGACCUUUUUUUUAGGUGCUUGUUACAUUGAGACACUCUAAAGCUAAGGAUGUUCGUUGUUGGAUUCAGCCUUUCGAUAGGUCACUACGGUAAAGUGGUAUUUAAACCCGUUAGUCAACGAGUCAUCACGUGAAUCCUGUCUACAUGGUUACUCUUUCAGCUGAAACGCUAUCAGCAUCCGCUUCCUGUCUUACGCAUAGAGCUUUUCAUCCCGGUUAAAGUUAUUAGAGGUUUUUAAUAAUAGGGCAACCGAGGUUUUAGCUGCAGCUGUUUUUUUUACUAGAGGCAUUGUAAUCAUAAAGCCCUUAAAUAUCACUAAUAUGUACACAGUUUUCUGUUAACGAUGAAUCUUUUGGUCACUGCUUCUGCUCAGUGAGACGUCAGUGCUUGUGAAGUUGAUGAGCACAACAUCUCCAGUCAUCUGUGUUGCUGAAGUGCCUUCAGGCCAGUCAGUGUCUGUGACGUGAAAUUAGGGCACACUGAGAAUGUGAACAGAAACUACAGGUCCAAAAUGUUAACGACUCAUACUUUUAAGUUUUAAAAAAAAAUUAUUAUUAUUAUUUUUUUUAAUCUAAAAACUCAUUGCUUCCCUCCAAUGGAGGUAUAAAGUGUGACUCAACACCGUUUCUGGUCAGUUCUGUACACGCAUCUUACUGUAAUGAUAUAUCAUCCUGUUGUUUGUCUGUGAUUACAGGGACCAUAAUCUGUCUCAUUGGUUUGUUUUGUCAGCGCUUGUCUGUAAACUACAGAUCAGAAGUGCCUGUCAUGUUUUUGGUUGUUUUCUGUUCAGCAUUAUGGUUAUCAUUUGUAAUUUUACAAUCAUCUUUGUCAUGGUUCCCAUUUGCUUGUAUCUUCCAUCAAAAAUUUAGUUUUUCCUAAUGAUUUGUGAAUUUGUCUUAUUGAAUCUAUUAAAAUGUUUUUUUUUUUUUCA